ACGCAGCACAAGGCUCAGUAUUUUUUCACUGCAAUAGACGGGAGGGAGAAAGGGGGGUAUUUGACUCCUGUCUCCCCACCCCCAGUCCGUGCGAGGUGGAUUUAGGAAGAAAGGAUCCAAAACCUGGGACGCGGAGAUAACGAGAGACACCAAUAAAGAGAUAGGCUAUACAUUUGGAAAUCCGCGCGCGGCGGUGUCGCGCACGGAUUAUUAUAGGCUAUUUUCUUUUUCGUUCACUGAGGAGAUUCUGACUCGGAGCGUCUGACCUGCAUGCAGGAGGGGGGGGGGGACAGGAAUACAAACGCAAAGGGAAUAAUAGAAGUGUUUUCUACUCGUUCCCUCCGUUAACAAGUGACUGCUCUGCUGCUCAAGAAAGUGGAAUAUAGCUGUGUUUUUUGUUUGUUUUUUUUCUACCGUCGGGGAUGCAAAGUAACUGUCUUUCUGAGGGAAUACGACGGCUCACCCACAAAGAAUACGGAUUUGAAAAGCUGUCCCCCGUAAACAAACUAGGGGGUAGUUUCAGAAAGCCCUUUCUCACGCCGAUGAAAGUGCCAAGCCGUCCUGCGUGAAGAUCCCAACCUUCCCUGCGCAGUCGGGGCCUCGGCUCUCCAGCCAGGUCAAAGACCAGUCCCACCCCACCCCUCCCUGCCCCCCCCCCCCUUCCCUACUAGAGCCAAGAUGGCCACCAGCGGUGCCCCUCGCCUCUCCUUGCCACUCCUGUUGCCUGCCACCACUCUGCUGCUAUCACUGCUGCUCACCGGCUCCCACGCCUUAUCAUCACCACGGUUCACUAAAGUUCCCGUCGACCAGAUUGGCGUCUCAGGGGGUGUGGUCUCUUUUGUGUGCCAGGCAACUGGCGACCCAAAGCCAAGGGUUAGCUGGAACAAGAAAGGCAAGAAGGUCAACUCCCAGCGUAUAGAGACCAUUGAGUUUGACGAGGGUGCCGGCGCCGUCCUCCGAAUCCAGCCUCUUCGAGCGCCACGUGAUGAGAACAUCUACGAAUGUGUUGCUGAGAACAGCGAGGCCGAGAUUACUGUAAAUGCCAAGCUGUCCAUCAUCCGAGAGGAUCUACUCCCACCAGGCUUCCCUAACAUUGACAUGGGCCCUCAACUCAAAGUGGUGGAGCGCACUCGAACAGCCACUAUGCUCUGUGCCGCCAGUGGCAACCCUGACCCAGAAAUCACCUGGUACAAAGACUUCCUGCCCAUUGACCCCAGUGCAAGUAAUGGGCGAAUCAAACAGCUACGCUCAGGUGCCUUGCAGAUCGAGAACAGCGAGGAGACCGACCAGGGGAAGUAUGAGUGCGUGGCGUCAAAUGUGGAAGGCGUACGCUACUCGUCCCCUGCUAACCUUUAUGUGCGAGUCCGACGGGUGCCUCCUCGCUUCUCCAUUCCACCAACGAGUCAGGAAAUUAUGCCGGGUGGCAGUGUGAACAUAACGUGUGUGGCGGUGGGGUCGCCCAUGCCUUACGUGAAGUGGAUGCUGAACUCAGAGGAUUUGACACCGGAGGAUGAGAUGCCAGUGGGCAGGAAUGUUCUUGAACUGAGCAGCGUCCGUGAGUCAGCAAACUACACCUGCGUGGCCAUGAGCAGCCUUGGCAUCAUUGAAGCUGUGGCGCAGAUCACUGUCAAAUCUCUCCCCAAGCCUCCAGGUACUCCUGUGGUUACUGAAACUACUGCCACAAGUGUGACCAUCACCUGGGACUCGGGAAACCCAGACCCAGUGACUUACUAUAUCAUCCAGUAUAGGGCCAAGUCCCCAGACAGCAAGUAUGAGACGGUGGAUGACAUUACCACUACACGUUACAGCAUUGGUGGCCUCUACCCCAACACAGAGUAUGAAAUCCGUGUCUCAGCCGUCAACACAAUUGGCCAGGGUCCUCCCAGUGAGCCAGUAGAAACCCGGACUGGUGAACAGGCCCCUGCCAGUCCACCACGAAACAUCCAGGCCCAGAUUAUAUCACAAAACACUAUGAUGGUGCGCUGGGAAGAACCCGAGGAGCCCAAUGGUCAGAUCAAGGGAUACCGUGUUUAUUACACCAUGGAUGACAACCAACCCAUGAGCCUCUGGCAGAUCCAUAAUGUCCAGGACAGCAUCAUCACCACUAUCCAGAGCCUGGUUCCUCAAGAGACAUACACAAUCAAAGUCCUAGCAUUCACCUCUGUAGGAGACGGACCCUUCUCAGAGCCCAUCCAUGUCAAAGUACUGCAAGGAGUUCCAGGUCAACCAUCCAAAUUCCAGGUUGGUGCUGUGUCUGAUACCAGCAUUGAACUGACCUGGGAAGCUGCCUAUGAGAAAGAAGGAAUUAUAAAUUAUGAACUUCGCUACAUGGAAGGCAGUUUUGGCACCCAGAUGAAGAAAACAUUUGGACCCACAUCUUCAUAUGUUGUGGAAAAUCUCCGCCCAAACACAGAGUACCACCUCUCCCUGGCAGCCAUCUCGAACAAAGGCAUUGGAGCCUUCACCAAUGACAUAUCACAGAAGACCUUGCAAGCCAAGCCCUCCGCCCCCCCUCAAGACAUUAAAUGCAGCAGCACCAGCUCCACCACCCUGCUGGUAAGUUGGCGCCCCCCGCCUUUGAAGAGUCAGAACGGUGUCCUGGCGGGUUAUAGGGUGCGCUACCAGGUGGUGGGCCCGUCAGAAGGCGGCAGUGACGACGGGGAGCCCAUGGAGGAGCCUACAGUCCCUGCCACUGUAGAGCAGGUGCUGCUGCAGCGAUUGGAGAAGUGGACCCAGUACCGCAUCAGUGUGUCUGCGUCCACUGUGAUCGGACCAGGCCCUGAAAGCGAGCCCCUGAUCUGCCGCACAGACGAAGACGUUCCUGGGGCUCCUCCCAGGCGAGUGGAGGUGGAGGUCCUAAACUCCACAGCACUAAAGGUGAUGUGGCGCUCCCUGACGCCGGGCAAGCAGCACGGUCAGAUCCGUGGCUACCAGGUCCACUACGUACGCGUGGAAAACGGCGAGUCAAGGGGCCUGCCCCUCAUCAAAGACGUCAUGCUGGCCGAUGCCCAGGAAAUGGUAAUUGGAGGACUCAAGCCAGACACCACUUACUCCAUUACGGUGGCAGCAUACACCACCAAGGGGGAUGGAGCCCGGAGCAAACCCAAACUGGUGGUGACCAAAGGGGCAGUGCCUGGUCUGCCCUAUCUGUCAGUGGCUCAGGACUCAGAGACGUCAGCUGUGAUCCGCUGGGACCCUCCAGAUCUCACCAAUGGCAUGGACCUGCAGGGUUACCGGCUUCAGUUUGGCCGGAAAGAUGUUUCUCCUUUGGCCACACUUGAAUUUAGUCCCCAAGAACGACAGUACUCUGUGGGCAACAUUCACCGGGGGGCCACCUAUCUCUUUAAAGUCUCAGCCAAGAGCAGGGGGGGCUUUGGGGAAGAGGCUGUGGUAGAACUUGGUGUGCCUGAGAAUACGCCAGGGGGAUACCCUCAAAUUAAUGAGGGCUCCAAUGUGACAUGCUGCUCAGUGCAGCUGUCCUGGUCUCCUCCCGUGCUGGCGGAGAGAAAUGGGAUAAUUACAGAGUACACUUUGGCCUAUAAGGAAACCAGUAUCGGAGGAGCACCGCAGGAGCUCCGCUUGCCCCCCAGCCAGUCCAGCUAUGUUCUCAACAGCCUCAAACCGAACUCUGCGUAUGAUGUGAAAAUACGUGCACACACCAGUGUAGGUCCAGGGCCCUACAGCCCGCCUAUCCAGUAUCGGACGGUGGCCUUUGAUCCAACAGAUGUUCCAAAGAAUUUCACUGUCAAGUGGGCCACUAAGACCACAGUGGUCAUUGCAUGGAAGUUUUCUGAAAGCAGGUCUCCAUACAAAUGCACGAUUGAGUACAACCGUCAGAAGAUGGAUGUGGACGCCAGGCAGAUGAGGGUGCUCGUCACUGGACUAAAGCACAACACCACCUACGAGUUCAGGGUGACCUGCCAAGAAAGCAUAGACGGUGGGCCAAGACAUCGCGUGGUUGCCAGGACCGCGCCACUCAUCCUGGUCAAGAAACCUAAGCUGGACAUUUACGCUGAGCCUGACAACAUGCCCACCAUGUCCUUCCCACCGGUCGAUACCAAGGAUGUAAAGACCUUCUAUGUGGUUGUGGUGCCACUUAAGAGGACCUCAGGAACUGUCAAAAACCUGAAGAACCCUGAUGAGAUGGACAUGGAAGAGCUGUUACGGGAGGUGACCCCAAAGCGUCGCUCACGCCGUCAGCUGGCUCAGCUGGACCAGAGGAAGCCUUACAUCACAGCCUGCUUCAGGCAGCUACCCUCAAGCUUCAUGGUGGGAUCUGACUACCGCCACAGCAGCUGUGAGAACAAGCCUCUUGAACCUGGCCAGGAGUAUGUCUUCUUUCUGCUGGCUGAACUCAAUGCCACCGCCGGGAAAAUGUUUGCUACCAGCCCUUACACCGACACAGUGAUCACUCCCAAGCUGGUGGUGGAGCCAUUAGAGACUGGUGACGGACUCAUAUGGGUGGUGGGCCCAGUCCUCGCUGUGGUCUUCAUCAUCUGUAUCGUCAUUGCCAUUCUUCUGUAUAAAAACCGCAAAAGAAAAGAGUCAGAGCCGCGCACAAAAUGUCUACUGAACAACGCAGACAUUACACCCCACCACCCUACAGACCCUGUGGAGAUGAGACGCAUCAACUUCCAAACUCCAGAUUCUGGUCUAAGCAGUCCUCAGAGUGAAGCCGAUUUUGACUAUGAAAGUAUGAUGAAUCAUCCUCCCAUCCCUAUCUCAGAGCUGGCUGAACACACAGAGCUUCUCAAGGCCAACGACAACCUCAAGCUCUCCCAGGAAUAUGAGUCUAUUGAUCCAGGCCAGCAGUUCACCUGGGAACAUUCCAACCUGGAGGUGAACAAGCCCAAAAAUCGUUAUGCCAACGUCAUUGCCUACGAUCACUCUCGCGUCAUCCUGGCUCCCAUCGAGGGUAUCACUGGUAGCGACUAUAUCAACGCCAACUACAUUGAUGGCUACAGGAAGCAGAAUGCCUACAUCGCCACCCAGGGUCCAUUACCAGAGACGUUCGGGGACUUCUGGAGGAUGGUGUGGGAACAGAGAGCAGCCACUGUGGUCAUGAUGACCAGGCUGGAGGAGAAGUCACGGAUUAAGUGUGACCAGUACUGGCCCAGUCGUGGCACAGAGACCUAUGGUAUGACCCAAGUGACCCUCCUGGACACCAUAGAAUUGGCCACUUUCUGUGUCCGCACUUUCUCCUUGCACAAGAAUGGCUCUAGUGAGAAGCGGGAGGUUCGUCAGUUCCAGUUCACGGCGUGGCCUGACCACGGAGUACCAGAAUACCCGACCCCCUUCCUGGCCUUCCUCCGUAGGGUAAAGACCUGCAACCCGCCUGACGCCGGACCCAUCAUCGCUCACUGCAGUGCUGGUGUCGGCCGAACAGGUUGCUUCAUCGUCAUCGAUGCCAUGCUUGAGCGUAUUAAGCACGAGAAGACGGUGGACAUUUACGGCCAUGUGACGCUGAUGCGCUCGCAGCGGAACUACAUGGUGCAGACGGAGGACCAGUACAGCUUCAUUCACGAUGCACUGCUAGAGGCGGUGGCCUGCGGCAACACUGAAGUGGCUGCCCGAAGCCUCUAUUCCUACAUACAGAAGUUGGCCCAGGUGGAGAGUGGCGAGCAUGUCACUGGCAUGGAGCUAGAGUUCAAGCGCUUGGCCAACUCCAAAGCCCACACGUCGCGCUUCAUCAGUGCCAACCUUCCCUGCAACAAGUUCAAGAAUCGGCUGGUCAACAUCAUGCCCUACGAGACCACACGCGUCUGCCUGCAGCCAAUAAGAGGCCUGGAGGGAUCUGACUACAUCAAUUCCAGCUUCAUUGAUGGAUACAGGCAACAGAAGGCCUAUAUCGCCACGCAGGGCCCUCUUGCAGAGACUACAGAAGACUUCUGGAGAAUGCUCUGGGAGAACAACUCUACUAUUGUAGUCAUGUUGACCAAACUGAGAGAGAUGGGACGGGAAAAGUGUCACCAGUACUGGCCGGCGGAGCGCUCUGCCAGGUACCAGUACUUUGUGGUUGAUCCCAUGGCGGAGUACAACAUGCCCCAGUACAUCCUCCGAGAGUUCAAGGUCACAGAUGCCAGGGAUGGGCAGUCCAGGACAGUAAGGCAGUUCCAGUUUACUGAUUGGCCGGAGCAAGGCGUGCCCAAAUCCGGGGAGGGAUUUAUUGAUUUCAUCGGCCAGGUGCAUAAAACCAAGGAGCAGUUUGGACAGGAUGGACCAAUAUCUGUCCACUGCAGUGCCGGUGUGGGCAGGACCGGAGUCUUCAUCACCCUUAGCAUCGUCCUGGAGCGAAUGCGUUAUGAAGGCGUGGUUGAUAUCUUCCAAACAGUGAAGAUGCUCCGGACCCAGAGGCCAGCCAUGGUCCAGACUGAGGAUGAAUACCAAUUCUGCUAUCAUGCAGCUCUGGAGUACUUAGGAAGCUUUGAUCACUAUGCAACGUAAAAAAGCCAUCUCUUCCCCCAGAGUCCUGUCG